AUGAAACAGAUGAGCUAUAAAUUUUGAAGUGAAAUAUACAAAAGAUCAGUAAAAAAGAUAUGAAUUAUUUUAGAAAUUUUUGUUAAUAAGAAAAUGAGUAAUCCAUGGGCUGUAAAAGGAGGUUCAGCUACUUUAAAAGUGGUCGACACAGGAGGGAUGGGAGACUACUGCAAUUUUCUUGAUAAUUUAGAAAGCACAGAAGCAAGCCCAGAAAUUUCAGAUGAAUUAAUGGGAAAGCAGGCUCAUCUCUUAGAGGUAAUAGACGAGUGUGAAAAAUACGCAAUUCAGCUGAAAUGCGAGCGAGAUUUAGUGAAAUUUGGAGAGUUUUUAAACAAGCAGCAAGUUGACAUAAAAAUUGAGCUUUUAUCGAAAACUUCAAACUAUUUGAAAUUAAUUAAACAAAAUCGGAAAAAAUUGAUCCAACACAUCUGUGAGGAAAGCCAAGGGGAAUUAGUGGUCGAAGAAGACAUGCAAGACAGCUUUAUUAGAAUCAUUGAAAUUGCUCAGCACGACUCUCAUUAUUAUUCAUUAUUGAAAAAAUCAAAUGCUAUUCAUCCACAGACUUUGGAAAAUACUAAAAGCAGCUUAAAUGAGAUAAAGGAAAAAUUAGAUGAUUGUGGAAAUAGGUCAAAACGGCUUUUUAACCAAAUUACAGCGGCAGAAGAAAUCUUGUCUUCAAAAAAUAUUGCAUUGUAA